AUGAACUUUGUUUUUUUGGCUGAUGAGUUAUAUUGGAAGGGGGUUGAUGGAAGUUUGUCGAGAUGUUUAAGUCGAGAAGACCAGAAUAUUGCUUUGGGUGAAGUUCAUAAUGGAAUAUGUGGGGCCCAUCAAGCAGGGAAGAAAAUAAGAUGGGUGCUAUAUCGUAAUUAUGUUUAUUGGCCAUCAAUGAUAAAGGAUUGUAUCAAUUAUGCCAAAGCAUGUCAAGAAUGUCAAAAACAUGGUUCUGAACCACAAGUUCCAGCAAUUGAGUUACAUUCUAUAAUCAAGACGUUAUUGCCAUUGGAAGUUAAUUUGAAUACUUUAAGAGUAUUAAGACAAAAUGAAUUGCCGGUCGAUGAUUAUUGGAAUGCAAUGUUUGAUGAGUUAAAUGAGUUAGAUUCAGAACGAAUCUUGGCACUCGAAAAUGUUAUUCGACAGAAGGAGAGUAUUGCUCAGAGUUAUAAUCGUCGAAUUAAAGAAAAGUCUUUUAAGAUAGGCGAGUUAGUAUUGAAAGUUAUUUUACCUAUGGAAAAGAAAUCGAAAUUUUUGGGUAAGUGGUCCCAUAAUUGGGAAGGUCCCUUCCAGGUGAUAGGGACAUACUCUGAAAAUGCUUAUCAAAUUCAAGAUAUCAAAUCAGGAAAAGUGAUUAAUUCGAUUAAUGGAAAAUAUUUAAAACCUUUCUAUUGCUGGCAAACAUAG